AAAUGCAUUUUCACAGCCGAGGGCUCCACUCCUUCUCGGGACGUUGGAAGGAAGAGGAUUCCAGUUUGACAAUUUAUCAUGCGGUCCCACGUGCGACAACAGUGAGUGAGUGAGUGAGUGAGUCGCGAGCAGCAUCAUCAUCAUCAUCCGGAGUGCGUGGAGCCCGCUGAUCAUCUGAGCGUCACCUGUCUGUGGCGCGACACUCACUCAUCUCUGGAGAUUACAAGAAGCAGACCGCAGAUCUGAGCUCGACUGGGGACCUCGGCGCUGUCCCUCCGGCCAUGGAGACUGUCCUCCCCCUGCUCUCCUGCCUGUCCCUGCUCAGCUGGACACAGGCUGUCCACGCACACCCACACAUGAACGUCACCUGUGUGGAAACAGAAGGUAUUCCCUCUGAAUGGAUGCACGAACCUGCUGCGUCUCCUUCUGUGCUGAAAGUUCUCAGCGUUUCACUCGCUGAAAACACUGAUGGUAACAUUGCGCACUCUGCUCUGAAGCUGAAUGUCAGCUGGGCCAUCAACAUAGACAAAAGCAAUGACUACUUGAGUGGCACGUGGAUUGAUAUUAAUGGGAAGCCCUUCAGAUGUCUCUAUCAGCCUCCGUUCAGGGAGGUGACCAUGUCCGACUCUGAAGAGGUGUGGUUCCAUUUUGCUGACUUCCCCGCUGAGCCGGAGGAGACAUACUAUGUCUCCGGUUUCAACCUGCCAGUGACGAUGGCGGGAGGGGAUCCGUAUUUCAAAAAUGCAGUUUUUCAAACAAAUGGAUGUCAUACGGAACAAAUGAAGUAUCAUGACUCAUGUGUUAAAAAAGGAUCUCUGUGGAAACCUAAGGUCACUUCAGCCUUUUUAAAGGAUCGAGUAGAAAUUAAUUUUACAUCAAGCAAUUAUACUGGAACAUAUGAUAUCGAGCUGUGGAAAAAUCAAGAUCAUCUUGUUGGCACUCAAGUCUGCCAUACAAAAGGAGAAUCCAAGUGCAGCACAGUGCUGAACUCAACAGGACCAUGCGAAUCCCUGGAAAUUUGGAUCUCACCGCACUUCCCUGGCUGCCACCCGGAUUGUCACUACAUCGUUACAAAAGUUGACUGCAGGAGAACAGACCUACUAGAAGAAAAAUCGGACAAUUACAUGAUCGUGUGGAUAGUUCUGUGCUGCGUUCUCGGAGCUGCAGUGCUGCUGUUAAUCGCUGCUUAUGCAACGGGGAGAGCCAAAGAGACCUGUUCUCGGUUCGUCAGGGUUACAGGGACCGCUGCGCCCGUUUCGGUGCUCAUCGCGUACCCUGCCGAAAACAGCACUUUCCAGAAAGCUGUGGUCACCCUGGCCGAGUUCCUGAAGUCGCACUGCAACUGCAAGGUGACCAUCGAUGUGUGGCAGAGGGGGCAAGUGGCUCAGAUGGGCCUGGUCCACUGGCUCACCGUCCAGAUGGACGUUGCGGAGAAAGUGAUUUUUGUUGCGGCGCAGAGCGGGAGCGCCAAGAAUUACGGGCCUGGUCCGGGUCCUUCAGACUACACGGUGCCGGCCUCUGUGGAGGACAUGUUCUCUCUGGCCCUCAGCAUCCUGGCCAGUCGGGCGUGGGAUCCGGUGGUCCUCAGGAAAUAUGCCACCGUGCAUCUGGGCCAAAAACUCAGCAAUGAAAGCCUCCCUGCCGUCCUGACACUGUGCAAGUCCUUCUGCCUGAUGAGAGACCUGGGAAGACUCUGCAGCCACCUUCACGGAGACAGACCUUCCAGAAAUUUCCGCGACUUCCCCUUGGUGAGAUCAGCAUUGGUGUCUCCCCAGGAUGACAGAACGACCAUGAAGCUGAGAAAUGCAAUAAAGGACUUACAGAUGUGGGAAGAGUCAGAGUCGACUGAGACUCUCUUAUUGAACCUUUAAGCUUAACCUGAGUUUCACUUACGGUCCAGCUAUAAAAACAGGCAAAACUGACUUGCUUUGGAAAAAAGAAGUUGCGCAACAUUUUGCAACGCUAGUAACAAAAACCGUACUUCCUGUGUGUGCCUUGAAAGGCAUGCUGCAGCAAUCCCACAGGCAUUGUCAGGCCAAAGAUCGGGCUAGUAGAAGGGUUCAGUCUUUUCCUUAAAAGUGCAAACCUCAUUUUCACGCUUGUAGCGCUUUGAUUGAUUAUAAAUGGAGUGAGAAAGCAACAUUUCAUAUUAGAUAUUACAUAUUAGACAUAGAAACAAUUAUCUUGAUGCAAAGCGUCUUGAGAUCC